AUGGCUUAUUUACACUGCCGAUCAAACAGUUUGCCAUCUAAAUCUCAUCCAGAAAUCGAUGGUGUUGAAAACCAUCUGCGCAGGUUAAAGUCCUCAGAGGCCGCAUCAACUUCAGCCACUUCUGUACUAAAAAAGUUGGCUAGCCUCAGAGAUUUGCAAGAAAGCAUCAAUGGCUUGAUUCAGCUGCCUUCAGUCCAUCAAAUCAUCUCCCAUAAACAAGGUGAGAAUUGGACUGAUGAGAUCCUCGACAGGUCUCUUGAGCUCGUUGAUCUUUGUGGAUUUUCACGAGACGUUGUGAUUUCAACCAAAGAAGCUGUUCAAGAACUCGAAUCCUCCAUUAGGAGAAACAGAUGCGAAACAGCUGUAAAAGCUGAUAUCAAUACUUAUGAUUCCUCAAGAAAGAAGAUCAACAAAAGGGUCAACAAGUACGUCAAGAACUUGAAGAGCUUCAAGCAAACUCUAAUCCCAGACACAGAUUGUGAUCUUAAGGCCAUCGCAAUGAUGCUGAAAGAGACCGAAGCCCUUGGUUUCUCAGUCCUAAAGUCCAUAUUGACACUCGUUUCAGGGGCAAAAGGAAGAUCAACUCAGAGAAGUUGGUCUUUGCUCUCAAAAUUCACUCAAGGUAGCCGUAUGCAUUCUGAGGAGGAUCAAGAAAGCAGCAAUGAGGACUCGUUUUCAUUGAAAAUCGAGAAGUCCCUUAAAAGCAAGGACGACAUGAUCAACGUCCAAAACAUCUUGAAGCAGCUGAAAGCUUCAGAAAUGACCAUCCAAGAACUUGAAGAAGGACUAGAAACCUUCUUUAGAAGUUUAGUCAAAACUAGAGUUUCUCUUCUUAACGUCCUCAGCCAUUGA